AUGAUCCUGCGGCAUCGCUAUGCUACAAGCUGCUCAAUACCAAUCGUCCUAUUUGUCCUAUUCACCUUCUUGAUAUGCGCCCCUCACAUCUUGGCUUCACCAGAAACACAGCCAAUAUACAUACCUCGAUCAUCCCAGUCAUAUAACAAACGAGCCGAACCAAAUACGAAAGGAAGACCUAGACCGAAUAAACCUGAAUAUGUCGCUCAUCCCGCUGGUGAUUUAGUUUGUAGGCCUUUUGGCGAGUGUGAGCCAUGCCCGAGGGAUGAGCUUGAUCAACCAUUUUGCUUCCCAUUCGGUAACAGAAGAUUAUUACAUUGUAUACCUUCCUCAUCAGCUGAAGAAGCCAAGAAUGGGAAUCACGUAGGGGAAGUACCUGCUUGGGAAGCUUGUGGGAAGGUCGUAAGGAAAGAAAGACAGGAUUUCUGGGAAUUUGUGACGGCCAACCUCUUAUUCUUGAUUGUAGCUCUCACGAUCCUCUGGGCUAGGACGUCCGCGCUGGCUACAGAACAGUACAGACAGUUGGCAGCUAGGAUCGGUAUACCCAGUGGAGGGUGGACAUGA